GGCAAAACUGGAAAAGGCAAAAACAAAAAGAAGAAAAAGAAGCAGAAUUCUAUCUUCGAUGAGGUUGAGAAGGCGGACGAAAAUCCUACACAAGCUUCGAUAGACUUUGUCGAUGGAACCGACACUUUCAAAGGCCAUCAAGAUACUGCAACCGUACCUACUGAGGACGUCGCAGCCAUGCCUCAAGAGCCAAUCCCCAUUGAACAGGAAAAGUCUAUUCUUGCCGAUGUAAAAUCUAGUGGAGAAUAUAAAGAAAGAGAGGGUAUGCCUUAUGAUGGUACGGGUGAGAGCGAAGUUGAAGCAAAAGACCUCGCCAUUGAAGAAGACAGGGCAUAUUCAGAUUCAUUAAGCAUUAUUGGAAAGAACAUUGAGAUUUCUUCGAUAAGUCCAGAUGUUGCUCUCGAUCCCGAAUCCGUGAAACUUGUUCAGGAGUCCUCUGCAGGCCCAAAACCACAGGAGACUUUGAAUCAGGUCGAGACUAAAUAUUUGACCCUGGAAGAGCCACAAAAGAUAAACGAGGAGACCCCGGUGGAAUCAACCGUCCAAGAUGAAAGCACUGCUAAAUAUUUUGAAAACAAUACCCUAGAAGAAGUUGAAUUUGAGACACCAGCUCCCGUUGAAACUAUGAGUCGAAAAAUCUCGAAGAAAGACAAAAGAAAGCAGAAAAAGAAGGGCAAGAAAAACCCAGACUUUGAUGAUGAGGAGAAUGACCUGGCAGUCACGGAAGAAACCACGACUAGUGAAAAGGGUCAAGGAGCCGACGAUAAAGUGUCUAUCGAUGUUUCCGUUCCGAAUAUCGAUGGAGAACCUACCAUCCGUGAACCAGUUGUCACAGAGUUUGAUGCAGCGCAGCAAGGGCAGCAGAUUGCCGAAUUGGUCCCUGCCAUGCAGCAGCCUCUAGAUCACAAACUUUCCAAGAAGGAGAAAAGAAAGAAUGCGAAAAAGGGCCUGGCAGAAGUCAAAGACAAUGAAAUAGACGAUGAUUACCUCGCUCACGAACAAAACAUGAAUCUAGUAGCAGAAGAAUACAUGACUGGAGAAGCGCAUGAUACUGAGCCCAUCGAAGGAUCAAGUGCUGAUGUAAUGAACAUUCCGACUCAUGUAUCUCUUGAUCCUUUUGAUGUAUCUAAUGCGGAUGACGAGCUUUUUGAUGCUUCAGUCCAACCAUCUUAUGACUUUGACAUGGAUCUGGACACCAACGACAGUCAGGGUGCAAAGCAGACACGUGAUGCAGAAGCUUUAGAAAAAGAGGACGACCUUGCUGUCGCGGCCGAUCUGUUCGAGGAGCCAACCAGUACUGUUUCGCCGAACCCGAAAAAGUCAAGCAAGAAACAAGAAAAAAAUAAAAAGAGCAAGGCAGGUUUAUAUGAAGAACCCGAAAGAGUAGUAGCUACGGAUGAAACGCAAGACUAUGAGAAUCCUCCUGUGGAAGUCGCGGCCAAAUCGGUAACCAUACAAAACGACGAAGUUCUCAUGCGCCGUGACUCUAAAUCCUCGAAGGCUAAGGGAAAGAAGAAGAAGAAACGGGAAUCGUCCAUUGCUCUUGAACAGGAUGAGACUCCAUCUCAAACAUAUCAUUCAACAUCUCCACCGACUGAAGAGCCAGCUGCGGUUGGUCAGGAGCAACAUUAUAUUCCUCCAAACCUUGCAGAUCCUGCGGAGAAGACUGUGCAGUCCUGGCCCUCCAUCGAAUUCGAUAAGGAGCGCACUGCAACUACGAGUGACUUGAGUGCAAAGUCUACACCCUCAGAUAACCCAGUCUCUCAUCACGCAGAGGAUCGAGAUAUGACUCGGCACUUGGAAAUUCGCGAGGAAGACCCAGAAAAUACGAUUGAUGAUUUUGUGGAUAAGAUGCCAACUGAUGCAGUGCCUGAAUCAGGAGAAACUCCUCUUGAUGACACCUGGUCGAUUCCGGUGUCCAAAACGCGCAAGAAAAAGAAACCACGGAAACAGGCCGAUUAUGAAGAUGAUCAAAGCCAUAACGAUACCCAGAUACCAGCGCCUUUUACAGAUCUAGACAAGAAUAUUGCUGAUACGGAACCUACAUCCGGACCGUUUUCAUACCCAGCCGUUCCUCAGCCUUUGCAUGAGCAAACAGUCUUGGAAACUGCUCGAGAUCUUACAUCCGACGAUCACACCCCAAGUAGUCAAGAAAUGGACGUGGAUGUCGUUUCAAAAAUGGCAAUGGCUGCUGCGGGGUUUGAUACUUCUCGUGAAGUAAUGGAAACAGACUCCACACCCGAGGACUUUCAAAAGGUUAACUCUAAAAGAAGGAAACCAAAAGAUAUAACCAGUAUCUACGAACAGAAAGACAAGCCUAAUGAAACUCAGUCUUAUAGGGGAGCUUUCUCGAAUACAGAUUCGCAGUCCUCUACGAAGGCGGGCACGACAAAUAAAAUAUCCAACAUCUUCCCUGGUUUAGAGAGAGCCCCCUAUCGCCGACCAUCUCCAAAAUCAGGCACCAAACAGGUCAACGAACCAAUUGUCGACACUGUUCCCAAAUCUCCGUCUCCACCAGAACCAACUGAGCCUCGCUCGUCAUCACUGCUUUUCAAACCUUCCCGAUCGACCGGGUUCGAUCACGUAGAGGCUAGAGUCAGGAACAACACCUCGCCGUCGCUAUCCCAUCAAUCCUCUAGUGAUAGCCUUCACCGUACAAAGUCAAUCCAUGACCAUCACUCGGGGGCUUCUCAUGGCUGGAAACUCGAUGACGAGUCUACUCCGUCGAAGCAAUCCCCUCGGAUGCUUCACACUGAUAAUAACUCUCCACCGCGCACCCCUCUUGACCCGAUUAGAGAGCAUGAUGGUCCGCACGCGGAUACUCCCCGGCUUGUUAUGGACAACGAACGAUAUAUUCUUCCACGGCCUGACAGCCGCAGCAGCGUGAGAAGUUCACAGUCCCUUCGACGGGCCAACCGUAGCCUCAGUUCUGAGCUCCGAGCAGCCGCAGCAGAGCAUAUGCAGGCGGCGAGGGCGACCAGUGACGAAGACCAUACGGACUCGCAGAAGCACCAAAAGCGCAGCGGCGGAGCUGGCGCGGGGUUGGCGGCUGACUCGGCAACGGGCCGCUCCCAGCCACUCGAGCCUGCAGAACAACAAAUAGAGGACUUUGCCGACCACCACCACAACGAGGACAUUCCUUCUUCCUCCACAUACGACCCUGUCACCGAUAAGGGCAAGCGCCCUGUCCGAGGCAUGUCAGAUGUCUACCGUUCUUUCUGCGAUGCUCGCUCAGUCACCUCGAGCUAACCUGCUCCGUGUACAGGAGGGAUGGGGCGAGACUCCAAACUCGCCGCGGUCGCCUACCCGGCCGCCCAGCGUAAGGCGCCGGCAAAGUAUGCAGCAUAUUUCAGAACUCGAGUCACGUCUUGAUCAAUUGGUUUCUGAG